CAGAAAUGAUUUGAGCAAGAGCCUGAUAGUUAGAGGGACAAGAUAAACGCAGGUCAGGGAAGCCUAACCUCGCUUCUGUGUACGUGUUCCGUACGAGAACAAGCUCCAGACACAAAGGUCGAGUCAUAAUAAUAGCCCACCGUCGUCCAGCACGGCCUGGAAAGGCAACCUGGAUUUGGGCCAGAAAUCGUACUGGGGCACGCAAUCCCCCAAGCUUUUAGUGCGUCGACAGUCCACGAGUCCUCCAGUCCACCUGUCCACCAGUCCACGUACGUCCACAGCGGUCCACCCGCCUGGCGAGAGUUGCUCUGCCGCGAGGCACUUGCCUCCCUCUUCUUCUCGAAAGCGAAAACCCCAACGCAGGUGCGCCUGCCACAGCGACUUUAAUACCACCAAGCGGCUGUAACAAGCAGGUGCCGACUGCCAUCGCAACCACAACCACAACUGCCACUUUCACUGCCACAGCAUCCUCCCUCCUCUCCCUCGCCCUCCCUCGUCGUCGCCAUUCUCAAUCUCCCCAUCUUUGCUUCUCUGCAUUCUACGACUUCCUCUCUGCAUCUGUUCAUCCCUCUGAUCGACGCCUCACCCUUAACCGACAUCUUGUACCCCAACUCGCACCACCAUCCCCUCUUGUCCGCGUGACGCCAGAGACUCCUCGACACACCAGUCCGCCUUACACCAGCGCUCUUUCAACUCUCAUUUUCUGCCACGACCCAGACUUUUCUGUUCGCUUUUCUCGAGUCCACCGUCGGGAUACACCUCGUCUUGCACGCACCGGGAUCUAUAUUAAAGCAUCCCCCCCCCUCUCUGCCGGAACUGCUCCAGGACUACACCCCAUCGCGGCCAUGGCGAAUCCGCCGUCCCGCCCGUCCACUCUAGACGACGAAUUCGACUUCAGUGCUGGCGAUCUCUCACAACAGUUUGAGCAACUUCUCCGAACAAGGAGACUGAACGAUCUCGAGGAGCAGGCCCGGGCUCCCCGAUCUUCCUCUCCACGACUUACCACUAGACAACAGUCUCGAUCCCAAUCCUCCUCGUCUCCAUUCCCUCCCGCUCCGACCUCACAAUCCUCAACUCACCAGAGCUCUCGUCCAUCACAUCACCAGCCUCCGGUCUACACCUCCUAUCGAAGCCACCCCAUAAUCCCCUGCCAGCCUCAAGAUGCCGCCUCUCUCAAAUUUCGCAAUUUACUUCUUACCUUGUCCAUGACACCCACCAAAUAUGAAAACCCAGGUCUCCUCGACGAUGCUCUCACCCAUGUUCUCAUCGAUCGUAUCUAUGCAGAGGCUGAGGAGGAGCACAAUCUCAUGAAAGGAUUGGCCGCCUCCAAAGGUGACCCAAAACCAGAAUGGGGCUACCAAGAUUGUGUCAUCCGCUCGUUACUGAGAUGGUUCAAGCGAUCUUUUUUCAGCUUUGUCAACAACCCCGCCUGCGCAAGGUGCCAUGGCGCAACCGUCGCUCAAGGACAAACGCCCCCACACCCUGACGAAGUUGCCCGAGGUGGCACAAGAGUCGAACUAUACAAAUGCACCAACUGUGGUGGCUACGAACGUUUUCCGCGCUAUUCCGAUGUUUGGACUUUACUUGAGACCCGAAGAGGACGAGCUGGCGAAUUUGCCAACUGUUUCAGCAUGCUUUGCCGCGCUGCCGGCGCAAGGGUCCGAUGGGUGUGGAACAGCGAGGACUUGGUUUGGACCGAGGUAUACAGCGAGCACCAACGGAGGUGGAUCCAUGUCGACCCCUGCGAAGAGAUCUGGGACAACCCACGGGUCUACACUGAAGGUUGGAAUCGCAAGAUCUCUUACUGCAUUGCCUUUUCCAAUGACGGGGCGACCGAUGUCACCCGACGCUACGUGCGCAACACACAAUACUUCGGUCCUCGCACGCGUUGCCCUGAAGAAGUCCUGCUGUGGAUUAUCCACGAAAUUCGGAAGAUUAGAAGAGGGAACAUGGACAAGUCAGUCCAAGACCAACUCAUGAGAGAAGACGCUCGCGAAGAGAAGGAGCUACGUGGCUAUGUCGCACAGUCCCUCGCCCGAGAUCUGAUCGAAUCGAUACCCGGUGCCACCAAUCCAACUCGUGGCGAAGAAGUCAAGACCCCCGUUCAGCGACCGCAGGAUUCUUCCUUGCCGUGGUCAAACGACCAACACGCGGACCAAUUGGACCGUCGAUAACGAUGAGCCCAGCCCAAUGACGGCCAGUAUGUGCUAUAUUCAUCCACAGAUACUCUUUGUCCUGCUUGGAAAUUCGUCAAAUGCCCCAUACCUUGCCGUCCUUGGGAGUCGGUUCGAAUUUCUCGACUCUUAUGUGGGGAUGGAUCAGCUCUAUGAGAACACAUCUCAUUCGCAAUUUCGUUCUGCAUAUAAAUACAGCCUCUGGAUCACGGAGCGCUGAUCACUCGAUCGACCCGCGAGUUAUUUAAUCUCGACCUAGGAUCAAAUGUUUUAUCACGAGCAUGCGGUGUUAUGGCUAUGGAUAUGGCUAGUGCAAUUGGAAUGGCAUUCUUGGCGUUGGCGUCCACCGUUAGGAAACACCACGGGCGAUUAUGGCAUGAUCUAUCAAAGGGCCCCUUGUGGCGGAUCUUUUCACCGGAGCGUAUACUAUGGCUGCUAUACGUGUGUCGUAGCCCGUACUCGUGGACUUGAGUCACGACAACAAUGGGGAUGAGAAUGAAUUAUGGGGAGGUCUGAAAAUCUGUCACAGCAGCAGAGUCCAAGCGUGCCCAAACAUGUUCCGCUUCUUAAACAUUUCAUCUCUGGUUGUUCUAGAUAGGGAUGGCAAAAUCUGUACGAUUCAUCACGAAUAUACCGGGUAGCAAGCCGGGUCAAAGUUGAGGAUAAAUCCCAUCAGCCCACUUUUAUAAUGUGUAACGAGAAGAUAGUUGCUGGCAUAAUCUUUGACUGCAAAGACUUGGUUGGAGCACCAUCUAUCAUCCUAGCCAUCUCCC